AUGAAGAAAAUUUUUAUACUCCACAUUUGCGUUUUUAUAAUUUUUAUGAACUGUUCAGGAAAGUUGAAAUCAGAGAAUGAAAAUAAAAAAAAAAUUACAAAUGGCGCAAGUGGUGAGCGGAAAAUAAGUAAAUAUAAUUAUGGAUCCUUAAAAAAAAAAUUCAACAUAGAAAACAAGGAGGAAAAGGAAAACCAAAGUAUUAUGGAACAUAUCUCGGAUAACGUAAGUCAAAAUAGUGAAGAAGAAGAAGAAUUAAAAAACAAAAAUGGGGGAUCAUAUAAUUCUCAUCCCAAUGAUGAACAUCCAUACGAUGAGUAUACAAAAUGCAUAAAUACAAUUGAGAAAGAAUUUAAGGAUAAAGAAAAUAGUGAAUAUUUAAAAAUGAAAGAGGAAUUAGAAAAAUUAUGUUUAAAAAAAAAAGCUGAAGAUGAGGAAAAAAAAAAGGAGGAAGAAAAAAGGAAAUUACAAAGGGAUAUGCAAAAUAAUGCUACAGAAAAAGAAAAACAAAACAGAGAAAUCAUAUCACAGUUAGGCUUAUCUAGUAAACUUGUAAUAUCGAACGAAAUUUUGAGUGAAUCAUUAUCAGAAGUAAAAAAUUGUUUACGAAAUUAUAGAGAAAAAUGUCCGCUUAACUGGGAACUAAGUAAAGAUAAUACUGAUUAUUGUACUGCCCCUGAAUCUUACAUAGGACCAUGUGGAAAACAAAUCCAUAAUGAUGUUGAUAUAAGUGAAAAAAUGAGGAUAGAAAAAAAAUGCUUUGUAUUUUGGAAAUGUGAUAAUAAUUGUAUUCAAGAUUUUGAAAAUUCAACAUGUCCAUUAGAUUGGGUAAUAAUGGAUGAAGAAUAUUGCAUAGCACCAGAUAAUUAUGUAGGAAAUUGUUUAAAUAAAAUAAAUUUCUUAAAUAUGAGUAAUAAAGAAAAAUCUAUCUACUCAAAUUUAUGUGAUAUUAAAUGGCCAUGCAAGGAAAAAUGUGAACAUGAUUACUCUGUUCUAUGUCCAGAUAGAUGGAUUGAAGGAAAUAAUGGAUACUGUUUCCCAACAAAUAGUUAUAAUGGAAAUUGUAAAGGAAAAAUAUACUUGAAACAUUUGAACAAAAUAAUGAAACAAACAUAUGAACAAAAAUGUCAAUUCAGUUAUCCUUGUAUUAAUUCAUGUGAAAAAAACUAUGACGAUUUAUGUCCUAACUCGUGGUUAUCAAUUAACGAAAAUGAAUGUGCUCCAUCCGAAUAUUAUAAUGGUAAUUGCAAAGAGAAUUAUAUAUUCAAAAAUAAAAAUCAAGAAGAAAAAAAACUAUUUGAAAAAUUGUGUGAUGUAUCUUAUUCUUGCAUUAAAAAAUGUAAGAGGGAUUAUUCCUUUAAUUGCCCAAUCGGAUGGAAAGAAACUCUAAGUUUCUGUUUAGCUCCUAUAUCAUAUAAACACAGCUGUAACAAAAUGAUGAAAAAAAAUAUGAACGUACAAGAAAAAACAGAAAUUAGCAAAAAAUGUAAUGUCUUUUGGCCUUGUUCAAACUAUGAAAUUCUUUUAAAAAAUUUAAUUAAUAGCAAUAUCUCGGAAGAAGAUUAUCUGUCCGUUGUGAAUGGUCCCGUCGAUAAUGUAACGGGUUCGGUGAUUUAUGUGUAA